AUGCAGUCGCAUCAUGACAGCUGCGAUAAUUCAUCAUCACCUGUGGUGGUAGCACAACAUCUCGAUGUCGAGCAAAAGAACUACGAGUUUCCACCAAGGGCAUUGCUUUUAGAGCUAUCGGCACACCUCGACAAAGACAGCUACUAUGAGAUGUUUGAUGAAUCAUCAUUUGCCACUACCACCAUGACAGGAUCAAGCGUUGACCGCCUACCAUCCUAUGACGAUAUUGGAAGCGAUGAUGAUGAAAAAUUGGAUUCUUACAUUGGAUCCAUUGUAUCUUCAUAUCAACAACAGCAACAAUCCCGUAGCAUACGCCGUUCACUGGUUAGCAGCUAUGAUGACGACCAUCGAGAACGCAAUCACUUGUCAUGUUUUAACCACGACCAUCAUCACGAGAACGACAAUGACGACCCACGCGUUCAACGGCUGAUCGAGGAUGAUCGGCUAUCGCCCCUUUUGCUUCCAGCACGAGCUGAUCCGCGAAGAACAUGUCAAACAUCCUAUGACAAGAGCACCCCAACAACAACAACAAUCUCACAUCAAGAUUUAGUUGCGCCUUCUUCUUUUUUGAAAUACCAUGGCAACGCAGCAGCAUCACCCUAUCAACGACCGCAUAAAGCAUCAAGGUGCUACGCUUCUUCGCAUGAAGAGCUUAACCUUCCCAAUGUGUCUCACAAGCAAUCAAGAUUGGAGGAUAAUACCCCAUUUCUCGAUGACAAUGGCACCGACUUUACGGGUGAUUCCAAGGUGAUUGUCAAUCUAAAGUUGCAUGGUGGUGGUCAUCCUCGUCACAUGUCAUGGUGCCAAGCAAGUGAUGAAGGAUACAAUGAUGAUGAGGAGGAGGAAGAAGAAGAAUUGCCCAUGGAAAGUGUAUCCGUGUUUUUACCCUUAUCACCCGAAGAGCUCGCGGAUCCUGAAAUGUUACGCAACACGGCUGCUACACGUAUUCAGGCCUUGUGGCGAGGCUAUCGCACGCGUAAACAAUUGUUUGGAAACAACAGCAGUCAUGUAUCACCUGCACAGCGUGUGGUAAUUGAUCUUGCACGAAUAUGCAUGACACUGCAUCGACAACAAACAAUGCGUCUUGGCGAACGUAUUGACAUGCUGGAGCAAGAAAUUGCGCAUGAACGUGCCAUGAGGAUUGCAUUUGAGAAUGCUAUCGAGGAUAUGGCACUCACCAUUGACAAGCAACAAGCCAUGGUGUGUGAGCGGAUGGAAGAAAUGCGUGAAUCAUACGAAGAACGGCUAUACCAAGAGCAAUGUGCUCGUACAGACCUAGAGCAAUCCAUGACCCACGUACUUGAUAAAGUGCAGGAGAUGCAAAACAUGCAACAACAGCGUGCCAAACAAGAAGCCGAAGAAAGAGAAGCAUUGCAUUCUAAGCUUGACAAUGCUCUUGCUGAAAUCGAUCAACUCAAACAACAACAACAAAGGAAGAAACAACCCACCACCACUUUACAACCAUCAUCAACACCACGUCGUGUCAACAACGACGCAUCAACAACAACAUCAUCAUCAUUAGAAAAGCAACAACAACCACCAACAUCACGACGUUCAAUCAAGCCUUCAUCCAACAAACCUGUUCGAUCAUCAACGCAUCAUGCUGCAUCUACAACUACUACCACCACUCGUCAUAAUACCAAAAGUCUUAAUCCUACUACUAAUCCUCCUAAUACUAUCACUACUACAACUACAACCACUACUACUGCACCACCCAAUACCCGCCGUGUUGCUACUACUACUCGUCGCAAGAUACUUUCUUCAUCAUCAUCAAACAAACCAGCACGCCCUCUUUCUCGUGUAGACACGAGACGAUGA